GAUAGGUCGCAACCGCGUAUUAAGAGGCGUAUUAAGACAAUGGUCUGGGAUCCCCCACUAAGCGAUUUCAACUGACCGGACUGACGAUCGUGAAGAAUACGUCGACGGAGCGGUCGUUAUCCGGGGAAAUCCCACAUCGUCCGGGACAAAAGAUGACCGGUCGAUUCGAGUGCGGGGAGAGAUCUUGGCUCCACGUGAAGACGAAGUCGUAAUGGACCGGGUGUCAAGAACUCGGAUGGGGAGAAGGAGUGAAUGAACACCGUGGAGUCAAGUCAAAUCACAGACCCAGAAGAAGAGCUACAGGGGAGACAGCUCGGAAUUCCCUCAAAACAGCAGGGAUUGACUAAUCGCGUGCGCCGCCCUGUAAGCCGAAGCUUUUUCUCCCCAUUUCUGACUUCGUUUUUCUCUCUUUUCCUUGAGAUUGGAUCUGUGUUUGUGACGACGAUAGCUUGCUCUUUUCUUCUUUUCUCGAUCUGAAUUUUCCCAAUUAGACUGCAAGAGAACGCCCAACAUGACCGUCGACGAAUCCAACCCCUACGGCUUGUCCGACGAGCAACGGACAAACCUCCUCAGCCUUACCCGCCAAUGCGCGGACCAGAAGCUGUUCGAUCUCCCCAGCGGGAUGACACCCGGGGAUGCCCCUGAUGCUAUCUGCGAUGAGUUUUCUCUUCUACGCUAUCUCAAAGCCCGCAAAUUCAGCCCCCACGACGCCCUAAACCAGUUCCAGG